AGUGAGACAGAAUUGCUGGCUGUUCCGCCUAGCACCUGGUGGCAAUGCCUUGAGGAACCCCUCCAGUGUGCAUACACCUCGCAUCACAGCAGCAGCAGCAGCAGCAGAUGAAGAGGGACGUGGCUCCCCCAGCGCGGAGUCCCACUUGCCCUCUUAAAAAAUCCCAGUGGCAGGGACAGGGUGCAGCCUAGCAGGGGUGGCAGCAUGGGGGACUCUGAAUCAGAGUCCACCUUGCACAACAACUCACUGUGGUGGCUGGCAUGUGGGAUGUUAGCCCUGUUGGCCAACUCUUGGAUUAUCCUCAGCAUCACGGCCAAACAACAGAAACACAAGCCCCUGGAGCUACUGCUAUGCUUCCUUGCUGGGACCCACAUCCUUAUGGCAGCAGUACCCCUCACCACCUAUGCCGUGGUGCAGCUGCGGCGCGAGUCCUCUGACUACGACUGGAAUGAAAGCAUCUGCAAGGUUUUUGUCUCCACUUACUACACCCUGGCCCUGGCCACCUGCUUCACAGUGGCCUCCCUUUCCUACCACCGGAUGUGGAUGGUGAGAUGGCCAGUCAACUACCGGCUGAGCAAUGCCAAGAAGCAGGCUCUGCACGCAGUCAUGGGUAUCUGGAUGGUAUCAUUCAUCCUCUCCACCCUGCCCUCCAUCGGCUGGCACAACAACGGCGAGCGCUACUAUGCUCGUGGCUGCCAGUUCAUUGUCAGCAAGAUAGGGCUGGGUUUUGGUGUCUGCUUUAGCCUCCUGCUGCUCGGAGGAAUCGUCAUGGGCUUGGUGUGCGUGGGUAUCACUUUCUACCAGACCCUGUGGGCACACAGAAGACGCCGGCGGUGCCGCCAUCAGAGGGCAGAGGAAGCGUCAUCCUGCUCUUCAUCAGCACACACCACUUUCAAUGUGCCGGCCAUUGUAGUGGAGGAUGUACGAGGCAAAAGGAGGUCUUCACUGGAUGGCUCUGAGUCAGCCAAGACCUCCUUGCAGAUGACCAACCUCAUCAGCGCCAUUGUCUUCCUGUAUGACACUCUCACUGGGGUGCCUAUCUUGGUCGUGAGCUUUUUUAGCCUGCGCUAUGAUACGGCCCCCACCUGGAUGGUCCUGGCUGUGCUCUGGUGCUCCAUGGUGCAGACUCUGCUGCUCCCCUCCUUUAUUUGGUCCUGCGAGCGUUACCGAGCAGAUCUCCGCACCGUGUGGGAGCAGUGUGUGGCUAUCAUGUCUGAGGAAGACGGAGAUGAUGAUGGUGUGUGUGAUGAUUAUGGUGACAGCAGGAUCUGCAAAGUGAGAUUUGAUGCAAACGGUGCUGCAGCUGUGAAGCGGGACUCCCGGGACAUCAAGCUGCUACCCAUGCACCACAUGUUGUUGCCCCAGGACAAGGUGCACUACCUGCAGGUCCCUAUCUCCCGGAGAAUGUCACAUGAUGAGACUAACAUCUUCUCUGCCCACCGCUCUGCUCCAUCCUUCCUACACAAGUGGUCUUCAUCUGACGACAUCCGCAUUUCCACCCCCCGCAAGCCUGGCAGCCCCAGCUUCUUGCCUCCUCAGCUGCAUGACUACCAGCACCGCCGGCGGCCCCCAGAAGAUGAGCUGACAACCCUACGGCAGUUUUUGGAGGGGGGGCUGAUGCCGCGGGCCUCCAGCUCCAGCGCCUGCUUCUUCCGAGAUGAGAUCACCACGUUCAUCGACGAGACACCGCAACCCACCCCAGCCUGCAGCCCACGGCACUCCCGUCUCCCGCUCGCAUCGCGCCGCGAUCGCCGCCUCUCCCUGGGCAGCAGAGAGGAGAACGCUGACCGGCCACGGCGCUGCUCUUUGGCUGGCAACGAAGGCUGGCAUCUGCAGGACGGAGAGCAGGCGCCACGUGAAAGGACCCUUGAGGCCUGCGAGGCACAGACCUUUCAAGAUCCCAAACUAUGAGAGACAGCAUCAAAAACAUUCAGUGCCAUCACGAUUUUUAAAUAAAACUUCAAGUGUUCC